CUCUUCUCUCCCUCCUGCCUUUCCCGCAUCAUCUACCUUGGCCAACUUUGCUCCGCCCUACAUGAAUCCAGCUACCUCAGCUGCUCAGACAGCUCCAACAGCAGGGGCCCAUAGCGGAGCAACCGGCCAAAACCUAUUCUUUCCUCCUGUUUCUGCUCUUCCCCCUCCCUGAAAUCCGCCAUUUCCGAGCCCGACAUAGUUGACAAACUCCUGGCUCAGGAAGUCAAAGACUCUUUCAUGAUCGGCCCUCUCCAUAGCCCACCUUUCCCCAUAUUCAGAAUCAGCCCCAUCGGCAUAGCUACUAGGAAAUACUCAGGAAAAAAGAGACUUAUAAUAGACCUCUCAUCCCCCCACGGCUCUUCCAUCCCAAGCAUCAAUAGCCUAAUCCCGAGCCCGGACUACUCCAUGCAGUACACCACAAUCACCAACGCCGCAUCCCUCAUUCGCCUCGCAGGUCAAGGAGCCUGGUUGGCUAAAGCGGACAUCAUCAGCGCCUUCAAAGUUCUUCUGAUCCACCCCGAAUUCUGGCAUCUUUUCGGCGUCCAUUGGAAAGGCUCUUAUUACUUUGCAGUGCGCUUGACCUUCGGGUGCAAGAGCAGCCCAAAAAUCUUCGACUGCUUAUCCGAAGCUCUCUGCUGGAUCCUGACCAACGUCCAUAAACUUCCGUACGUCAUCCACCUCUUAGAUGACUUCCUCACAGUCACGCCACCUUCCUCACCCCCAGCACACGGCCUCAACACUUUAACCUCAGCGUUCAAGGAACUCGGCGUUCCUCUGUCUCCAGAGAAAACCGUAGGCCCCAGCACCUCCCUCGAAUUCCUCAGCAUCACCCUCGACUUUUCACUCCAAGCAUCCCUACCUACCGAAAAAAUCAAUCGGAUCUCCUUACUCAUUUCAAAUUACCUCCUGGCCCCCAAAUGCACCAAACACCAACUCCUUUCACUGUUAGGCCACCUCAACUAUGCCAUUCGCAUCAUCCCCCAAGGUCGAUCCUUCUUGUCCCACCUCCUUUCAGUCGCCGCCUCUGUCCCAAAUCUCCAUGGCCAUGCCUCCCUGGACAAAGCAUGCAAAACGGAGCUAAAACUGUGGCACCAGUUCCUCUCCUCAUGGAACGGCAUCUCUUUAUUUUACGAUGACCACAUCACCAAGCUGGAAGACAUCCAGCUGUUCACAGACGCAGCCCCCUCCAUCGGCUUCGGCGGCUUCUACGGCAGCAAAUGGUUUUCAGCCAAAUGGCCGCACGAAUUCUCAUCCCUCACCCCUUCUUCGGCAAUCUCUGAAAUGUAUCCGGUAGUCAUAGCAGCCAUUCUUUGGGGCCGGGAAUGGUCCAAAAAGACAAUCGCUUUAUAUUCAGACAACAGCGCCGUCGUAGACAUCAUCAACAAAGGACGGUCACAUUGUCUAGACAUAAUGCAGUUCAUGCGUAGACUCACCUUGGUUUCGGCCCAGCAACAAUUCAUCAUCCGAGCCUAUCACAACCCAGGUCACAAAAACUCCAUAGCUGACUCACUUUCCCGUUUCUCUUUACAGAAAUUCAGACGAUUGGCGCCAGCCGCGGACCCUCUGCCAACUCCGGUCCCACCGUUUUCAGCCACCAUCUUCAACUGA